CUUCGACUCAACUCAUUUCAGAUUCUGUUAUCUUCGUCAAAUACACCUCUGAGACAAGCGAUCGGCUUUGAAUUCCGCAACAUGGCCUGCCCCAUCAGCGUCAGCAAGUUUGUUGGCACUGUUUCCCUCGGUCUUCUUACCGGCCUCUCCUACUCCACAUCAGCUAUCACAAUCCCAGCUCUGCAGCUCCUUCCGACAGCGACAACCGCCGCCCGUUCCCUGAACGAAGUGAAGCGCCUAACCCGCCGAUAUGCCCUACGCCUCUCCUUCCUGACCAACACCUGCUUCUGUUUCGCAUGGUGUCUCUCAUCUCCGCGCCGCCGACACCCAUACAUGGUCUGGUUGUGCGCAUUCUCUACAAUCAGUGCCCAUGGUGUUGAUUUCUGGUUCAACCGUCACCUCGGCUUCAAGAACUGGGCGUCGGCUGUGAUCCGCGACGUUUCCCACCUUUCCCUUGUCCGGGACUCGACCACAAACAAGGAUGAAGACCUUGUCGUUGUUGAGGCCCAGGACGACGUGAACGGCGAAACCGUUCAACGCGAGAUGGACCGGGAGCGCCGGCUCCACCGAGCGCGCACUUGGUUGUCUGGUAUUGCGCUUUCGAUUGGCAUUGUUGGUCUUUGGGGUGACAAGAGGUGAUCUUUCAUGUCUUUGUUCUGGGCCACGAAGGCUUUUUUUAUUGGUGAAAACACCGGUUAUUGUUCCAUAUCUAUUUUCUGGAAAGGCCUUUUCGCUACUGUUUCUUUCAUCGCGUCUAAUACGUUCCGUGUUUGAUACCUUUUUGUGCUGUUCUCCUUCUCUUUUGCGCAUCUUUUCCUGUACAUUGUGAUGAAACAACCGAGGAAUGGAGUAACUUCUGAACUUGAAUCCGGCAUAUCCGAACCAUAUCUAUGAAAUCGAUAAUCCAACCAGCCAAGUUGAAGCUUAUAUUUCUCAUACUUAGG